GUUUCAUGCACGCAUGAUUGCGCAAUCGUGUGAAUGUAACCAAGUGGCAUUGGCCCUAACGACCUCCUGUGGUAUUUGCAACCAACAUUGGUUGUUUAAUGGCAAAUACAUCGAUAAAUGGAACUAAAGGUGUUAUCUGCGCAUCUCUUCAGUUGGAUUCUGGUAGGACCGUUAUUUGUCGUUCAUAUAAAAGCGGCUGAAUGGUCGUAUGCGGACACGUCCAAGUGGCCUAAAGAUUAUCCUUCUUGUUCGGGAUAUUACCAGUCUCCGAUUGAUUUAACUUACAAGGACUCGGUUUAUGCCCCGCAACUCGGUCAGAUCACGAUAACUAAUUUAUCAAAAGUCGAACAAACGACCUAUAAAGUGACUAACAAUGGUCACACUGUAGAGGUAUCGUUCAACGAAAAGCAGUGGAAAAUAUCUCUCGGUUCUGACGAAGACCCCUAUUACCCGAUUCAAAUGCAUUUCCAUUGGGGUGGGCCUACCCGUGAAGGCUCUGAACACUUGAUUGGUGAUCUGCGUCACGCGAUGGAAACUCACAUCGUUUGCUACAACGGGCGACUCUACAAAUCUAAAGAAGAAGCUACUUCCAGUCCAAAUGGUUUGGCUGUUGUUGGAAUUCUGCACGAAGAGGAUAAACUUGCACAAACAGAGCAGACUGAGUUUGGCAAAAUGGGUGAAUUUGAGACUGCAUUGGCGAGUAUAACAACAACUAAAGAGUCAAAAAAUAUUGCUGCAUUCGAUUUGGCCGGCCUUCUGGGUCAGGUUGACACAACACAGUACUUUCGUUACCAAGGUUCUCUGACUACGCCACCAUGCACUCAAAAUGUGAUGUGGACAGUUUUCACGACGUUUGUCCCCGUUACACCAGCGCAGCUUGAACUACUUCGCGGUCUCCGCACUUCAUCGUCAACUCCUUUGCAAGAUAAUUACCGACCCGUCCAGCCACUCAACGAUCCACACAGCCCCCUACCAAGAACAGUUUAUCGGACAAUUUCGGCUGCCAACCGUUUUACGCACAGCUGGUGGUCGUUCGUUAUGCUGAGUUUUCUGGCGUGUUGUUCUCAUGGCAUUUUGUAGGGAAGAAAACAAGCUGUCUACCACAUGUCGUUUGACGAAUGUCCUGCUUACCUCAAAUAUUGAUAACAAGAACUUUCCUUCGUUAUUUCUUACUUUGUCAAUACUGCUGGCAACUAAAAGCUGCGGUAAAGUUGUUUGUGCUACGUGUAGCAGUCUUGUGAUAUCUUUUGUUCUAUUUACCAUAGAUAUUGUAUUUUUCCCUCCAUGGCUUUUUUCAGACUUCCUUCACAAAUUAUACUGUCAGAGAAUUCUCUCAUCGCACAUUUCUCUGAUUAAGUUCCCUAGAAUUUAUCUAUAGAUACAUGCUGAUGUCCACUAGGUGGUUGUCUAAUACUGGAAUUUUUUGAAUUAAAGAGAGAAAUAAAGGUGGUCUUG